UUUCCACCAGGUGAGAUGGGCCUAAAAAUCCGCUUAAAACCCCUCGGACAGCGCGCAGCUGCUCCCACGCUCUUUAAAGUAAUGCAGAAAGGCUUCGGCGGUGGGAUACCAAUGGAAGUCAAGAAAGCCGGAGAAGGCGACGCGGUCGGAGGCGAAGACAGCGCUGCCACCGGGCGAAACCCGAAGCAGAAGCCCCCAUUUAGGCCCGCGAAAGAUGACACCAAGCCACUCCUUCGCGACCCUAUACUGAGGUCAGACCCCAUGGAGAGCGAGCGAGCCGUGCUUCGUCUUCCUCCAUUUCCACGCACCAACUCCCAGUUCUGAUUGGCCUGCUGAUCUUGCGGUCAAGUUGCUCGUUAUGAAAGAAACCAUGUAUGGAACAAAGAUUCUUCAGGAUCAUAAUAGAUUGAUGCAGUAAGACUCAUAUGCAUGUCAGAGAAAGGUCUACAAGAGAACUUUGGAGACAUGCGGGUUGUCGUAAGAUUGUGGCUUGUCGUGCACUGUCAUUCUAGAUGUAUUUAAAAAAGACUUUGACAUAGAACAUCAGAUUUCCUUAAUAUGUGAUGCUAUAACCCUCUAAAGUUGUUUAUGGUUCUAAUUAUUUCCUUUAUGUAAGCGAUGAUCAAGCAACUCUGUCAUUUUCUGCCGCAGUCCUAAACCAAGGUUGUAGCUACCUUUCA